AUGCCAGCCAGCUUGUGGUACCUGGCCGCCGGCCGGCGGCUGCCACUUCUUCUGGGCUGUGUGCUUCUCCUUCUCCGGCUUGCGGCUGGCAAGGCCUCUCAACAGGCCGCCUCCGGGCCGCCUGUGCUGCCGCGCUUUCACACUCUCGUGCAGCUCGCAGAUCCAGGCGCCACUCCGGCCAAUGCGCGGGAUAACAUCCAAUUUUGCGACUUCUUCGAUGCCCGGUCUCUUCAGCCCAACCUGGCUGACGGGUUUGAUGAUCUGUCCUACAUGUCCAGUUUCUUCAAUGUGGCCACCUCGCCUCUUGCCCGGGCCGGGCAGCCGUCCAGCCGGCCGCGGGAAUUCAUCCACGGCCCGGCCUACUCGCCGCACAGAUGUCACUCAUAUCCCUUUGCCCGGGAGCCGGCGGCCCCCUUCCGCAUGGAGCCGGAUCGCCUUUCGGCGCUGAACCCCGUGCUCACCGAGGCCUUUUCCUAUGGCCGGUCCCUCCUCCAUCGCGCGCACGACCACUUGGUGGAUGGCCUUUACACGUUUGACCCUAUGCGGCUGGUGCUCGGCACCACGGCCGCCGGUAGCCCCUUCGCCCUGCAGGCUCGAGUCCAAUAUGACGGCCUGGAGUUCAUGUUCCUCGAGGAGAACAACUUCCCCAGCCACCACUUCAUGCUUGAAUAUGAGGGCUUCAACUUCCUGCAGCCGACCGACCUCGACGGCGAUGGCCUCGUGGAUGCGGUGACCGUCGCUUGGCUGGCGGACAUCAUCGCCGUUGACACCGGCCAUCCCGCCCCCCAUGCCCAUGGGGCCAGCAAUGGCAGCCCUGCCAGCGAUUCCGAGUCCAUGGUGGCAGCCACCCCGACGUCUCCUCCCGCGCGUACCGGCGAGCAUGGGCUCUUUUGGCUCCAUCGCUUCGGCGAAGCGGCCCUGGCACCCGGCAACCCGGCUGACGUGACCCUGCUGAUGACCCUGCCGGAUGACAUCGAAGUGGGUCAGAUCCUGAUCGGGGACUUCGAUGGGGAUGGCCUGGCGUCCGAUGUGGCGGUGCUUUCCGGCCGCGAUUCCACCGGCCCGGCUCGCAUCAUCCUCCUAUUGACAUCCGACCUGUCGGCCCCGGUGACCAUCCUCCUGGCGGACAUGUCCUUCGAUGACCCGGCGCUGGUUUCCCUUUCGAGCCUCGAUCACACCCCGAAGGCGGCCGCCGCGCGGCUCACCGCCACCACCGGCACCGGCACCGCCACCACCCCGGCCGACGAUCUGGUGGUGGCCUUCGGCUCGCGGGUGUGGCUCAUCCCCGGCCCCAUCCGGCCGACCGGCAGCCCGGUGACCCAUGACAUCUUGGCGCUCAAUUCGGUGCCCCUGCUGCCGGAUCACCCAAGCACCUCGGGCGUCUGGUAUUCAUUGGCAUUCGGGGAUUUCGACGCCGAUGGCCACCUGGACCUGGCCCUUGCCCAUUCGGACACCGUCAAUGACAUCCUGCUUCUGAGCCAGGUGCACGCCACGCCGAGGUGUCUGUGUGGGCCCGGGGGCAUCUGCCAGCGCGACCCGACCAGCUUCUAUAGCCUUCCCUCCUGCGCGUGCGAGGACCCGCAUGCCGAUCUCGGCUUCAAGCUGGCCCCGUGUGAGUUUUGCCAAGUCGGCUACUUCCGGCAGACGGAGAGCUCCCCCUGCCAGCAGUGCAGCGCUAGCUGUCUCACUUGUGCUGGUCCUGGCAUGUCGGAUUGCCUCAGCUGCCAGCCUGGCUUCGUUUUCGAAUCUUCCCCGCUCCCGACCGGGCUCUGCGUGCCAGACACCACAGGCAACCAGGUGGUGGUGACCUUCCCGGACCCCGAAAGGCCGUACUAUCAAGCCACCUCGGAGAUUGACUUGACCAUUGGCUUCCAUGUGGUGCCUUUCAACCUGCAUUCGACACUGCAAAAAACCCAAACGCUUGUGGAGCUCCGGCUGCAGGAGCUCUUCACCAUGCCCACCAGUAAGCCGACCCUGGUUCAGGGCAUCAACCAUGGGAAUGGGCAUGUCAUCUUCCAUGAAGAUCGCCUUGGCGGGCACUUGCUCCACUCGAGGCUCAGCCUCGCCAUCAAUCGGGUCACCGUCUCGGGCCCCGCCGGUUCGAUUGACAUGUUCCUCCUCGGCGAUCGGGGGGAUGUCUGCAUCGCCGAGCCGGGCAAGCCCUGUGCCCGGUUCCAGACCCAGUGGGUGAGCUGGCUGCACAAUGCCCACCUGGGCCGCGUGGCCCCUCGGCCGACUCCCGGGGACCCUCCCUUUGUGGGCAUUCUCUCCAAUGGUCACCUUGGCACGCGGCAAGUGGUUGACUCUCACAUUCACAGCGCCAUCUGGCUGCAGGUCGACAACAAUCUAGACCUCGACUCGGUGGUUGUCCUCCAUUCGCCCCCCUCCGGCCCGUCGAAAGAGUGUCACCUUGGUUGGCAGCCACGCUUGGCCAUUGACAUCUUCUCCUAUACCUACCCGAUGACGGCCGAGAACUUGCUCCCCCAUACGCUUCCCUGUGGGCAGCUUCUUGGUCUCCCGGCUGUCGAUCCUGCCACUCGGCCCCCGCUGCUGCUGGUGGUGACGGAGCCGGCCGCCGGCGAGGCGUUCGUGUACCUGCUGCGGAACCGCGGCCGCGGGAGCGACUUCCGCCCGCACUUUGACGCCCCGGUGCCGCUGUUGACCGGGGCCAACCUCGGCCACAAGACUGGCCACUCGCCAAGCAGGGUCCUGGCGACCCUGGACCCCACGGAUCUGACGGCCACCGAGGCGGCGCUCUUCCUCUGGGACGGGACUUGGGUCUUCCGCGUGGUGCUACGCCAGCACGUUCCCCCGGGAGCCGGCCACUCGGACUCUGUCACUGUGCUGGUGGAGCCGCUGGUUCCGCGGACUUCCUUCUCGUGGCUCUCCUCCGCCAGCAACCUGGUCCUGAUGCCGCUGGAUGCCGAUGGUGAUGGGGUGGCCGAGCUGGUCAUUUUCAUCCCCACCGGCUUGAUGACGCUCUUCCGCCGGAGCUCCGAGCAAAAUGGCUGCGGCUGCGGUCGGCUCGGUGUCUGCACCAUUCCAAGCAGCUGGUCCGCCUCCCGGUGCGAUGGGCCCGCAGCCGACAGCUCCUGUGUCUAUGAGCCGACGGCCCUGCGGACGUCGGAUCUCUGCGCCUGCGCCCCGGGAUUCCAAUCUCCAGCCGGUGGGUCGUCCGGUCUCUGUACGAUGUGUGACUCCUCCGCCAGCGGGGGUUUCCCGCCAGAAUUCGGCGUCGAUUGUGAUGCCUGCUCGGUUGAGGGCUGCUACCUGUGCGAUGCCUCGGGCGAGUGCCUGCGCUGCCGGCCGGGGCUGGUUCGUACGCCGACCGGGGGCUGUGCCCCGACCUGCCCGGACCCGGAUGCACCGGUGGCGGACGCUGUCUGCCAGGCCCGGGACCCAUCCGACAUGUGGAUCAGCUCGGCCGAGAUCCCCGCACACCCCUCCUGGGCCGGUGCCAGGCUGGUCGAUGUGUCGACUUUGCGCUUCGUGCACCAAUCCAACACCCCCCCGGGCACACGCGCCGCGGCCACCACCUUCCCCACGCUGCACGUUCUGCCGCCGAAUGCCGUGGACUCGGACACCGUGUGGUUGCUGCCGGCCGCUCGGCUGUUGGCCGACGGCCGGCCGGCUGACUUUGGCCAGCUGCAUCUGCCAGCCGCGGCUGCCUGGCUGGCGAACACCUGCCACCUUGAGGGGGUGGUCCUGCCGGCGGCCGACCACAAAGGCCCGGCCGCCGAGGAUGUCGAUGAUGGAGCCGACGCCGGCCCAGCCAUGGGGAUGGCCUCGCCGGGGCCGCUGGCCCGGCUGUCGGGUCGUCCCCCGGGAGUCCCCCGGGCCUCGGGCGGGGACUUCACCGUGGCCGCAGUGUCCCAGCCGCGGCAGUUGGUUGAUCAUUCGGGGGUGGAUAUGGUCCCGUGGUCGGUCCUGAAUCGGGGCGAAUUCCCCGUUCCGCGGCCGUGGUUUGCGCGGCUGGCCGAGCCCUUCCCCGGGUUCGGCGAAGAGCCCGGGCCUACUCCAACGCCGCCGGUGUAUUCGCAGAUGUUCCACUUCCAGCGGCAACUCAACUCCUUUUACAUGGUCGCCGAAAUGGAGCCUGUGUUGUUUGCCCCGGCGCCCAGGGUGGACCCGUCGGACUUCCGAACGUGCACCCUGGCCAACACCAUGGAGGAGGCGGCCACCCGUUUGACUGUGUACCAAUCGCCGGAGCUCCAAGACCUCCGGGGUCAGCCAUACUGCUCUUACUCUCGGAUUUGGGUUUCCCUCCCAGCAUGGGAGCUCUCCAUGGUGCCGGGCCAGCAGUCCUGGUCCAUGUCCCUGUCGACCAUUGUCUUGCUGCAUCGGCCCUCGAACGGCGAGCGUCCCAGCCUGGUUGUCCUCACCCGAGAGGAGGCAUAUCGCGCGGAUCAAACCGGCUGCCAUUAUCGCUCACUCCGGGUACCGCUGGUGGCCGGGGCGCCGGCCUUGCCCAUCAUCCCUCCGAGCCCCUCCCUGGCGAGCAUCGUGUCGCUGCCCAUCUUCCUACAUGUGGCGUCGGUGCAGGAGGUCCACCCCGCCGCGGGGAUCGCCGGGCCUGGCAUCAUUGCCGUCGGGGAGCAUCCGUACAUUGCCAACCGCUUGGUUGUGGCUCUGUCCCCCAGCGAGCCGAGCCCGGUGAAUCUUCAAUUCGCCUUGAUGAGGCUGCUCGAGGAUAUGCCGUAUCUGGUUUUCGUGCGGACCGACAAUCUGGCGGACAGCAUCAUGGCCAUGUCGACCGAGUGUCUGGUGGAAAACCACAAAAACUGGCAGAUGCCUUCUGCCCCGGGCCCUGUGCUCCCGGAGUGGGCGUGGCCCACCACUCGGCCGCUGUAUGGCUGCGCUCCGGUCUUGCUGGAAACCCGGCCGCUGGAUGGCCAUGGCCCGCACGGCCGGCCGACCGUCCAUUCCCGGGACAUGGAUGGUGAUGGCUUGGACGACUUGGUGCUCCACUGGCCGACGACCAACCGCCUGGUGGUGUACUACACGCAGGUCACUGCGCCCCUUUCCUUCCGGCAGACGGUCAUCCUGCCGGGAAAUCCGCAGGAUUCCCUGGGCACGCAGGCGGUCGAGGACCCGGCCCUGCUGACCCCGCAGCUGUUCUUGGCGGAUGUUGAUGGGGAUCGCUUUGUUGACAUCCUGCUCUUCGACCAAGCUGCCCCGGCCGGCGUGCGUUCCUCCACUCCCUCGGGCCCGGUGCUGCGGCUGUUCGGCCGGUCGGACCAGACCAGCAACUGGUGCCCGGCCGAGGUGGACUAUGACCCGGUGACGGAUGAGUGCGUGUGUCGCGGGCGCUUGCGGCACCUGACCCCCCUGUCGGAUGCGUGCGAGUGCAUCACGCACGCGGUGCCGGUGGCCCCGGGCGCGCCGGAUUGCGUCUGCCCGUGCUCCUCGCACCGGUCGAACUCCUGCACCGCCUGCCCGGGGGCCCAUGUUCUGGACCGCGGGUACUGCCGCGAGGCAUGUCCGCGACUUGGCUUCUUCGAGGAGGCCAAAACAUGCCGGGCAUGUCACUCAUCGUGCCUUUCCUGCACCGGGCCCGGGGCCGGGCAGUGUGAGCUCUGCCCUCGGACCCAUCUUUUCCGCGACUCCCACUGCCUGGAUGGGUGCCCGCCCGGGAGCACGCCCCUGGCCGGCGAGUGCGCCGAAUGUGCCGCCACCUGCCUGGACUGCGCCGGGCCCGAGGCCAGCCAGUGUACCGCUUGCGGCCCCGCCAUGCCGAGUCUCUGGAAUGGCUCCUGCCUGGAGACCUGCCCAGCUGGGACCUUCCCCGGGUCGGAUCCCAGCACUUCGGACACGUGUCUAUUGUGCUCUUCGCUGUGUCUCGAGUGCGCCGGCCUGGCCAGUAACCAGUGCGCCGAGUGCGCCGGGGAUCUGCUGCUGCACCCGGUGUAUGGGUGCGCUUCGGCCUGUGGCACCGGCUUCCUGGAGGCCCAGGGCCAGUGCGUGACUUGUCACUCCAGCUGCCGGCAGUGCCAGGACUCGCCGGGCUUCUGCACCCAGUGCCCGGCGGGCAAGCUCCUCGGCACAACGCCGGGCACGUGUGCUGACGUAUGCUCGGCUUGCGACAUGGCGUGUGGCACGUGCUCCGGCCCCGGGCCGGACGGGUGCCUGGAGCCGAAUUGCGACCAGCCGGGCAAGUGCCCGGGCAACUCCUCGCGGUCGCUCAUCCUGGCCAUCGUGCUGCCUCUUGUCUUUUUGCUCCUAUUGCUGGUGCUGGCGGUGAUUCUGGUGUGCCUGCUGGCUCGGCGCAGGCGGCGCGAAGCCGCCAAGCAAGGCCAAGCCAUCCCGAUGCAACACAUCGGCGACCCGGAGGAUAUGACCGUGAUGAAUACGAUGAUUGAGCUUUCGCUUCCGGGCCAUCUUCUCCUCAGCCCGGGCGUGGACUAUCGCAUCGAGCCCGGCUGCAAGGAGCUCGGCAAGGGCGCCCAGGCGGUGGUCCUGCCGUGCACACUGCUACGCACGGACCUUUGUACGGCGGCCGGCGGCGAUGCCGGUGCUGUGAAGAUGGUCCCAGCGGAUUCCUCCCUCCGGACGCAAUUUGAGCCGCUGCUCGACCAGGAAAUUGCCAUCCUCAGCAUCCUGCUGGCGGACGGGGGGUCGCCAUUUGUGUGCCAGCUGGUUGGCUACUCGGCUGCCCCGAGCAAGGCCCUGGUGAUGCCCCACUACCCGGGGCUCCUCGAGCCGGCCUGGAUGGCGGAGUAUCGUCAGAUCUACCGCGGGGCAUGGGCGGCCGAUCCGCUUGAGCGCCCCAGUGUGACGGUUUUGGCCGAGGCAUUGGCAGGGUUGCUGACCACGAGCCAACAGGCGGCCCCUUGA